GGUAGUCGGUCCUCUUGGCGCCCCACAGCCACGAGCCACCCACCAACACUUUACUCACCUCAACCACCACCACCGCCGCCUUUCCGUGCGGCCACCGCGUCUAUGCCCACCGCCCAAACCCUCCAUAAAUUCACCUCUCCUUCUCCUUCUCCCCAAAACUCCUAUCCAUAAAUCACAAUCCUUUCUCCCUCCACCAUCAAUGGCCACCGCUUCCUCCCCUCCACCGGACUCCGAUCAUUCCCUCCACUCCUCCCCCGAAACCCUAACCUCCCUCCCCAAAAAGCCCCAUCCCCUCCCCUGGACCCCCCAAGAGACCGUCAAUCUCAUCCAAGCUUACAAGGAGAAGUGGUACUCUCUCAAUCGCGGCCAGCUCAAGGCCAGCCAGUGGGAGGAGGUCGCCAUCGCCGUCGCCGCCCGCUGCGGCUUCGACGACCUCUCCAAGUCCUCCACUCAGUGCCGCCACAAGAUCGAGAAGCUCCGGAAGCGCUACAGGGCCGAGCGCCUUAAGCCCUACCCCAACUCCUGGCAGUUCUUCGACCUCAUGGAUAAUCUCGAACGCGGGCCCUUGCCGAUCGCCGCCCAUCCCGUCGCCAUGGUAAAGUAUCAGAACCCUAAUUACGAUGCCAAUAGGUACGAAGAGGAUAGCGACAACGAAGCGGCGAAUGCUGCUGGUUAUGGAAGCGUUGAUUUGAAGAAAAAUAAGUCCAAGAGUAUAAACCACAUUGUAAGUGGAGAAAUGAAUGGUACUAGAAAUAUGAAUAAAAGGAGAAUCCCAAUGCAUGAGUUUAGGAAAGGAAAUUUUGCGAAUGAGCCCAGCGAUGAUGAAGGGGAAGAUGAGGAGGUAGAUGAAGAUGGAAUAGAGGUGGAAGAAGAGGAUGGAGGAGAUGGAGACAGUGAAUUGGCUGCAGAAAUUAGGGGUUUUGCAGAGAGGUUUAUGAGGAUGGAGAAGAGAAAGAUUGAGAUGAUGAGGGACACUGGAAGGUUCAGAAUUGAGAUGCAGAAGAAGAUGCUGGAUAUGAUUCUUGAGACUCAGAGAAAGAUUGCUGAUUCUGUCACUAGGAUCUUGGAGCCAAAUAAAAGAGUGAAGAUGGAACUUUAGAAACUUCACAUUGUUUAUAUCCUUCUUCUUUGCUUUCCAUUCACAGAAAUAACUCCCUCCAUUGUUGCAUGCAGGUUAGAUUUCACAUUUGCUUUGUACUGCUCUUUACCAUUUCUGGAGUAGAUGUACAGACAAGUAGAGUUAGCAAAUUUGAGUCUUUGUAGGCUGAUUAUGAAUGCAAAGAUAGAAACUAAAGUUGCAAUGUGUUUCAUAAUCAGAAUAAUUUAUUGUUGUCAAUCCAUCACUUUUUAGCAGUAGAAAGUGUUUGCCAA